UUUGCAGCGGGGUGACACAUUUUGCUGCAACAAGAGCCAUUAUAAGCAGUUGUAAGUGAACAGUUUGGAUCCUAAAUAAAACAGUUUGAGCAAAAACAACGAUGAGUUCCCUGCAACAUGUAAACCCCACAGUGAAGGGGAUCAGAGAGUCAGCACACAGUGGGCUUCAGAGUCUUGCUGCACACGUCACACAAGAGAUCGCACAGGGGGUGCAGAAACCCUUCAAAGAGGUGAUUGACAUCAGCUCAGGUGAUCCCCACAAAGCCGGCAUGAAACCCAUCUCAUUUGUCCGUCAGGUUUUGGCCGUUUGCCUGCACCCUGAGCUGCUGGGAAACACAACUCUACCUUUGGAUGUCAGGCUGAGGGCUCAGCGGCUCCUGGAGGUCUGUGAUGGAGGAAGUGUUGGUUCCUAUACAGACUCCUCUGGCAUGCCUCACGUCAGGCAAAGCAUCGCUGAGUUCAUCAUGAGACGUGACGUCGGAGUGCAUUCACACGCCAAAGAUGUAUUCAUUUCUGCUGGUUCUCAAAGGGGCCUCUUGGUGAUUUUGAAGCUGCUAGCCAGUGGGGAAGGGGACACUCAGACAGGCGUGUUGACUCCCAGGCCCUGCCCUCACACCCUGCCCACACUGCUGGAUGAUGCCGGGGUGGCCUUGGUGCCGUACCAGCUGAUGGAGGACCGAGGCUGGGCUGUAGAUCUGAGCGAGCUGCACCGUGCUCUGAAAUGUGAUCGGGGAGGCUGCAAUCCCAGAGCCAUCUACAUCAGCAACCCAGGAACCCCCACAGGUCAUGUGCAGGACUGGAAAUCAAUAGAGGAAGUGAUUCGCUUUGCAGCAGCGGAGAGACUCUUACUGCUGGUCGAUGAGGUGUACCAGGACAGUGUGUAUGGACAAGGGAAAGAGUUUAUUUCCUUUAAAAGAGUCCUGUUUGAGAUGGGCAAAGAGUACUCAGGGACAGUGCAGAUGGUCUCCCUCCACUCUCUAUCCAGCGCCUGCAUGGGAGAGUGUGGUCUGAGGGCAGGAUACAUGGAGCUGGUCAACAUGGACCCUGAAGUGACGCAUUUUGUUGAUACUAUGCUGUGUACUGAUAUUAGCAGUCCAGUUACAGGACAGCUUGCUCUGGAUCUCAUGGUCAACCCACCAAGACCUGGAGACCCUUCCUAUGACACAUACACACAGGAGAUUCUCCUCAUUCAGGCCACUUUGUCCCAGAAUGCUCAGCGGGCUCAUGAGUUCCUAAAUGAUCUACCAGGGAUGAGCAGUCAGCCAGCGAAGGGGGGAAUCUACCUUUACCCCCGCCUGCAUUUACCAUCUGAGAUUAUAGAGAAGGCCAAGAAAUUGGAGGUGGAGGCAGGUGUUCUGUACUGUCAGAUGUUACUUAAAGAGGAAGGUGUGUUUUUAGGCGCAGGAUGUCAGAAUGGGGAGACAACUGGAAACCACUAUCUGAGGCUAUGUAUCCUUGUUCCUGCUGAAACCCUGGAGGAGGUCCUGGCUCGCCUCGCUUCCUUUCACCUUCGCCUCAUGGACACGUGUCCUUACCCUGACAGAGGUGUGAAGGGCAGAGACAUAAGGGCCACAUUGUGACCCAACAUGAAGCCAUCUGUAAGAGAAUACAUGUCCUGAAAAAGGAUCAAGCCAUCUGCAGAUCUGAUCAUUACUUGGUUUCUUUGCAACACCGUUUGUGUAACAAUUUCCCCCAAUGAACAAAGACUCUCUCUUUGACACAUUUGUUCUUAUGAAGAUAUAAAACAUGCAAAAUGCAAAUAAAAUAUAAAAAAAGAAAAACAUAUUUCAG